AUGGGCAAGAAGCUCAACAUUGCAGUUGCCGGCCUUGGUCGCAUGAGAAAACGACACGUCCUGACGCUGUCCACACGAGUGGCUCGCGCAAACGUCGUCGCCGUAUGCAGUACAUGGGAGCCAGAGCUGGAAUGGGCACGGGACGCGUACAAAGACACCAAUAUCACCUUGUAUGACUCCUACGAUGCCAUGGUUGAGCAUCCCGGACUCGAAGCUGUCUGGAUCUCGUCCAGAGCCAACGUCCAUGCACAACAGACUCUGAAGGCCAUCCAAAAGAGAUUGCAUGUCCUCUGUGAAAAGCCGCUAAGCACCGAUAUUGAAGAGGCUGAGCACGUGGUCUCCGUUGCCGAAGCUCGCCCCGACCUCAAAGUCAUGGCCGGCUAUUCUCGUCGUUUUGAUGCCUCACCAUUCAUGGUCCGGAGCACGACUUGUGACCUAAUUGAUAAUACGGGUUUCUUUGUCAAGUACGCUGCACUUAACGGAGGCAUGUUUGUGGAUGCCGCAAUCCACGAUAUUGAUCUAUCUCUGUACUUCAUGGGCGAGGAUCUGGUUCCCAAGUCGUGCUUUGCAAUCGGCACAAUUGCACACCACCCCGAGCUUCGAGAUUUGCAAGACGUUGAUAACGGUGUCGGGGCACACGGGCACGACGUCGCCACGGAGAUCGUGGGUACCGAGGGAAAGAUGAGCAUCAACCUCGUCCCCGCGGUGGACAAGGUUGUAUAUGCGAAUAAGAGUGGCUGGGGUCACAAAGUUGAGCCGGAGUAUUGGGAAAGAUUUACGGAUGCAUUCGCUUUGGAGGCAAAUGAAUUUGUUGACUGCAUCCUAGAUGAAAAGCCCACCCCUGUCGGCCUAGAUAUUGGACUUAAAGGUCUCAAGAUCGGGUGGGCACUGCAGGAGAGUCUGCUAACGGGGACGGUGGUGAAGUUUGAUGAGAAGUUCAAUCGAAUUUGCCAAGCGGCUGAAGGGAUGGGAAAGUUCAAAACGCCGCUUGUUGGCCCCAAGCAAUGA